GGUUCGAUUUUCAGUGCCAGCAGGAAAUGACUGAAGUGUCCUUUGAGCAAGGCACCUUACCCCUGUUUGCUCUGCAGUGAUAGCUGCACACUGCAUACUACUUGUAAGUAGCUUUGGGUUAAAGCGUCUGCCAAAGGAAUACAUGUAAAUGCAAAUGACGACGAACAUUCAUAUUACAGAAUAUAUGUUAUUACAAAGCUAUAUAAGGUAAAAUGUACAGACAGCUGGUUGUUAUUACAAAAUACAUUGUUUCAUCCUGGAGAGGUUAAUUUUGCGAUUACAACUAGCUGGAUUUACCAUUUUUCUGCUUAGUACAGUUACAGCCACAAUAGUAACUACAGGAACACAAACUAUGAUUUAAAAAUUAUUUUUGCCCGUUUAAAAUCAAAUUAAAUUAUUUUGAUUUAUUCUUAUUUUAAUAUAUGUCAUUAAAUUGCACCAGUCGCAGUGACUCGCAGUACCUGGACCAGUUUCAGCAGACCUGAGAAUGUUGCCUUCACUUUGUUAAACCAUUUGUCCUCAUAGAACCCUUUUGUCCUUAUAAUACACAAUGUUUUCACGUUUGUGUUUGUGUUAAACCGUUUGUCCUCAUAGAUCACUUUUGUCCUUAUAAUAGGGAUGGGCAUUUUUCCAAAAUAUUGUAUUCGAAUAUUUGGGCUCGUAAAAAACGAAUAUUCGUUUAUUUAAAUUAGGUUAAACGAGAAAGACGUUAUUGUUUUAUAUUCAUCAAUAUUUUGUAACCAUUUCUGAACAAGCUUACGAUUAGGCAAUAUACACAUCAAGCUUACAUUAUAUCUUAAGGUUUUCUUUUAGUUCAAAGCAUUAAACAAUAUGUGUAAACAGAAAAUAUUAAGAACAAAAGCAUUUAAUAUCAAGCAGCGCGAGCGGGAAAAAUACUAAUAAAGCAGACAGCGCCAGUUAUUGUACAAAACGUACAUAAUACACUCGAGUCAGUAUAUGGUUAUCGUGUUUAUAUUGUUUCACAUGUUCAUGUUGAGAAAAACAAUAAUAUCCACAUGCGCUGCAAAAGCCCACAACACUUACAAAAAGACAAACGCGCUGCAAACUCCACAACACUUACAAAUAGUGAAACGCGCUGCAAAUAGCACAGACCACAACGGAAAUGUUUCAAGGGGACCCAAAUAAGUGGGACCUGCUUAUUGUUUAAUUGUGUACUCGCAAGAGGUGUUGUCAAUGACCUGAAAGGUGAGUUUUUUUGUUUAUUUAAACAUCCUGAUUGUAUAAUUGCCUAGUCUCUUUUUAUAUUAUUAGCCUAAAUAAUCUGACACAGUUUAACUGUGAAACAUUAUUAUGUUGAACUGUAAAAACUGUAGGGAACACGCAAGUAAAACUACCAGUAUGUUUUUCCAACAUGAGUAAUAAAAUGCCAUUUUUCUUGUUUGUUUUAUCAGUUAACAUAUAAAUAACCUUAAUGGCGAUUAACCUUGACUGGAGGAUACUACAGUAGGCAUAUAAAAAUAGCCUAUUUCUCCAUCCCAUUAACUUUUUCUUAUGAGUCUUGAGCUAUAUUUCCUUUGCAGUAUGUAACUUUUGUGCAUAAACUCAAAACAUGUUUGGGUACCUAAGGGCUUCUCUUACAUCUGCUGGGAGAAGGUCUAACAUGCAUUUGCUUAGUUAUAUGUCAAUACCUUUUACCACUAAGCAGUCACUUUGUUCCUUUCCUAGGUUAUGUAUUGUCCAUAUUGUGGACUCGAAUUGGCUGCACCUAUUGGAUGCUUUUGUGGUUCCUGUGGUAGCAACAUUCAAUUUUUGGCACCUUUUCUACAGAAUGGCCCAGGAACUGUGUCAGAUGAACUCACAGAGGCAGGCCUAAUCCAGAAAUAUUUCUCAGAGGGCCACACAUAUGACGUGAUCCUUGACUUUCUUGGAACAAAACAUAACAUUUUCCUGAGUCUGAGCACCUUAAAGAGAAGGCUAAGGAAUGCAGGCCUAACAAGAAGAACAGACUAUACUCCCAGUGGCACUGUGGAUGCAGCUAUUACACAUGAACUGACAGGCUCCGGUCAGCUUUUAGGCUACAGAGCUCUGUGGCAGACAUUGCGUCAGAAGUAUUUCAUGACAGUUAAAAGGGACGAUGUAAUGCAUGCAAUUCGCAGACUGGAUCCAUCAGGAGUUCAACUUCGCCAUAGACACAGAUUUGUCCGAAGAGGGUACUUUACAGCAGGACCAAACCAAGUAUGGCAUGCUGAUGGGUAUGAUAAGCUCAAACCGUUUGGUGUUGCCAUCAGUGGCUGCAUUGAUGGGUUUUCUAGGAAAGUGAUGUGGCUCAGAAGUGGCAGCUCUAAUAACGACCCAGUGAUAAUUGCUCACUGUUACCUGCAGUGUGUAUCAGACUUCGGACUUCCAGCACGCCUUCGCACAGACUGUGGGACAGAAAAUGGCACUAUGGUAGCCAUUCAUUGUGCAUUAAGAGCACAUCAUACAGAUGACUUUGCAGGAGCACACAGUCACAUGUAUGGCACAUCAACUGCAAAUCAACGUAUCGAAAGUUGGUGGUCCUUUUUCAGAAAGCAAAGGACUCAGUUCUGGAUUGAGCUCUUCAGUGAUCUGAGAGAGAGGCACCUUUUCAAUGGCAGCCAUGAGCAUAAGUGCCUUCUACGGUAUGUCUUCUUGAGCACCUUGCAGAAAGACCUUGAUGAGUACAGAGAACUUUGGAAUAACCACACCACCCGCCCUGUUCGUCAGUCUUGUUGUCAUUCUGGUAAACCAGAAGCCAUGUAUCACCUGCCUCACAGGUUUGAUGCAAGGGACUGUGGAUUCCCAGUGUCACAGGAAGUUAUUCAAGCGUUUGAGGACACUCUGCCACUGCAGCGCAGUCUCUGUGGUGAUGGUAAUCUCCAAGUUCAUUUUGAGGACUUACAAAGACAGAAUGGGCUUUAUCCACCAGUCAACUGGAUAACAGCUGUUGAGAAUUACAUAACACUCAAAAAUAUGUCAGGACUUUAAAAGUCCAAAGAACAACUUUAUUUGUUCACUGCAUAAAUCAUCAAUGUUUUACUGUACAUCAAUGAUUGAAACAGUAUAUAAAAUCUAAAGUUGUGUGCAAAGAACAUGUCAUGGAUUUCUGUGAAAAAAUAUAAAAUACUGAUCCUUGAUCAAAAAUGUCUCUCAAAAUAAAAGCCUAUUUUUCCUUAAAACUCACCAGUAUAUCAGUACAAUCAAAAAUAUUAACCUGAGUGUUCCUUUUUUUUUUAACUGAGUGGCUUGAAAUGUUCAACUAUAA